AUGGAGGAUGUUCACGCAGAGGCAAGGACUCUGAUGGAUCGGAUUCAAACAACCACGGACUCUGCACAUUCCUUACCAAACUACAUGUCGUAUAAUGACCUCGUCGACAGAGCCGAAGAGCUCACCCGUGGCAACGACCGCUUCGCCGCGCUUCCUGCCGAGCUACUUCACCAAAUAUUUCACGACUAUUGCUACGACAAGGAUGUAAAUACUAAUGCGCCGUUUGUGCUCUCCCUCGUAUGCACACGCUGGGCGAGUAUCAUGGCCACAAUCGCAGCAGACCUCUGGACGCGUGUAGAAGUCGCGUCCAGUAAUGUCAAUUGGCUGGAGUGCUUGGAGGUACAAUGCGAAAAGUCUCGAGAUAGACCUCUGGAUGUGACGCUUCAGUUUCCGUUUUCGUUGGACGAACUGGACCAAAUCGCCGCCAAGGGCCACCUGGAGCGCUGGAAGACUCUUGUCAUCGUCAGCAGUAGAAACGAACUUGAUCAAGACAUAUUCAGAUUCCCAUUACGCAUGCGCGAGGCGCCUGUCGUGUUGCACUUCUUGCAGAACCGCGAGUUUCCGUUGCUCGAGUCCAUCGACGUCCGGAUCAAGACUGCAGCUGCAGGUUCAUCUGUGCUGUGGAGCAACCUCUUUUCCGACAGUCGUACCUUGGACAAUGUUAGCGUCAAACCGCUCAUCAUGUCCCAUCUUACCGUUAACCUCUUCUUCAUCGACUUUUCGCUUUUCAUGGCACUUCUCGGCGAGCUUCGUGCCCUCGUCUAUCUGCGCUUCCUCGCACAGCGGCGACCAACGAUUGGGACGGUAACCGGUCAAUCAUCCACCUCUCAGCCAAUCCCUCUCGACAAGUUACGAGAGAUGUACAUCGAACAAUCGCAUUUAUGCAUGCCAUUAUUGGAUCGGAUUCAAUGCCAGAAUCUGGAGAAGUUAUCUGCGCUCCUCCUCGCCGAGGAGAUACCCACGUUCUAUCAAAGGAUUGCAGGUGCAAAUAAACUCAAAGAGUUUGCACUUACACUCUAUGGGGUACCGUCGCCUUCAAGGCUGGAUGUGGCCAAACCCCUUGACAUUGAUGCUUUCCAUUUGACACAUUCAGCAGAGGCUAUCGAACAUGGAGACAGUAGUAGUCAGCAGACGUUUGACAUGCUACUACAGCUCUUUAGUAGGGCAAACCAUGUGACAGUUCGAAGUGACCAAGCCUCCUUUGACUGGUACCGCACUCUCUGCCACUUUGAGUCCGUUGAGGACCUACUCGUGGAGCGCACAAAGGGCCUGAUCAAAGCCAAAGAUGUCGAGCUUGCUCUGAGCUCAGACUCGUUGACACUUGGCAGACUACGUUCCUUGCGCGCAAAUGGCGGGGCAUGCAACGUCGCUCUUGGAACGAUGACUUGCCCGAAACUGCAGACACUCAAGCUGUCUGACACUUCCGCCCUCUCCCUUCCUGUAUUCUACAGCUUCCUCCAGCGCACUCCUGAUUUAAGGGCGCUGGAGCUCGAAGCUGUUCAGAUAAGCAAAUUGUCUGCCGCUUAUAUCACCGGGGAGGUAAUCGCGCUCACGAAUCUUCGGGAUCUCGCUAUCAUGCACGAUGCACUGGGCGUCCUCGAUCACCUUGUCCUUCCCAACCUCAGAGAACUCCGCCCUAUGGGUGUUCUACAGGAAAAAUCCACACAAAGAGGGAUGCUACACUUUACACAGCGACGGAUUCACCUCGACAAAUUCCUCCUUCACCGCGGCGCACGUGCCUAUCCGACAUCGCUGCUUACGAAUAUCACCCAUCUCGACCUCUGCAUCUCCAAGGUUCUCUUCCCGUCCGUGGCGGGAUUCAAAGAGAUUCUCCCAGCUCUCAGUAAGGUCGAAAAAUUUUCGUUACCGAGGACAUUCCAGAACGAUUUAAUCCUAGUGGACAUUCUGGUCAAAGACAUGCUCCAUUACGGUACAGCCGAGCGUGGAUUGGAUGGUGGGCUGUGUCCCCACCUUGUCGAAAUUAUGACGGAUGAUUACCCGAGUUGGCCACCACUCAUGGAGCUACUCGCCCGGAGAAAUAUGACUCUCCAUUUAUCACAAGAAGAACGGUCCAAACGCCCGCGUCCGUUGGCAUGUCUAUCGUUACCUGCACUCCCUCAUCCCUCCAUCUUACGACCAAUGCAAGAGGCGUUAGCCGGCAAGUACCCUAUCCUGUCAGAAAGGGCGCGUCGGUCACCUUCCCUACGUGGAUGCGACGAUUGUGCUCUUUCGGGAUGGUACUGCCUUGAACUCAUCGAGGAGCGUACCAACUACCGCUCCCAAUGUUCUCGUCAUAAACAAGGCACGGCUCGAGUCACUGCAUAUUCCUAG